UCAAGAAGAAGAGUGUCUAAAUUGUCCGUAGGUGUGAAUGUGCGUGUGAGUGGUUGUUUGUUUGUAUGUGCCCUGCGAUUGGCUGGCAACCAGUUCAGGGUGUACCCCGCCUCCUGCCCGAUGAUAGCUGGGAUAGGCUCCAGCACGCCCGCGACCCUAGUGAGGAGAAGCGGCUCAGAAAAUGGAUGGAUGGAUGGAUUUUGUUUAGACCAUAAUUUGAAACACUGUCGCCGCCAUUUUUAGCGUGCGCAAAGAAUUCUGGGAAUGAUGACGUAAAAUGGCUGUUGUAAAAUUACGUUGCUGCUCUCUGGGGAGCUAAAGCUAGCCACUUGCGAAAAACUUAUCGUCAGCGAGAAUAGUUAAAAAUGCCAUACUGCGCCGCUUUAGGAUGCCAUUUCCAAUCAGGACGGAAUGCAAAAAAGGAGAACACUACAUCAGAUAUUUCAGCUUAUGAGGAACUCAUAGUACCCCACACUUCUACAGGUCAGACUGAAGAAGAACAUAUGGAAACAGAUAAACUUCUGGGACAUGUGAAAAAAGAGGCCACCAUUUUGUCAACCAAUGUGCUGCUCAAGAUAGAAAAUACUCAGAACACACCCUCAGAUAUUUCAGCUAGUGAGGUACUUGUAGUACCAAACGCAUCUACAGUGCAGACUGCAGGAAAACAUAUGGUCUCAACAUCAGCGCAAACAGACUCUCCACCGGACAAGCCAAUAUUUUGCCUUGAUUGUCUCAAACCUGUUGUUGCCGUUAGAAUGAUUGAAAAAUUGCACAAUUAUGCCAAGCCAGCUCCAGUAAGAGGCCGACGUCGCAAGCAACAACAAGUUGCUGACUCACAGAUAAUUUCUACUCCUGUGAAAGCAGACGUCAGUGAAAAAUAUCUUCGUCCUUGGCAGCGGGAGACAGAGUCACCCCAUGUUAAACCGGUGGAAGAAGAGCCCCCUCUCAUUAAAGAGGAAGAGGAGGAGCCCUGUCAAAUAAAAAAGGAGAUUGAAGAUGAAGACAAGGGUCAAAGUGAGGAAAACAGGGGAGCAGAGCCUCCGAGGAGCAGCUCAAGUCAACACAUGACAACAGAAGGUGAUGGAGACUACUGUGGAGGUUCACAGGCAGAUAGUGACAACACGUCGUCAUACUCACCGAACACUGAUGAUGAGGAGGAGGAGGAUUAUGAUGAUGAUGAUUAUGAUUAUGAAGAAGAUGAUGAUGAUGAUGAUAAUGAUGAUGGCGAUGAGGAUGAUGAACACUCUGAAGAUGAUAUGCCACGUGACAGCAAAGUAUGGAAAUGUUCUCGGUGUGGGAAAAAAUUUCAUUUAAAGCACAGUUUGAACAGUCACAUGAGAAGACACACUGGAGAGAAACCUUUUGUCUGCUCCGUUUGUGGCAAAAGCUUCUUUGACAAGUCAAAUUUAACAAGUCACACAAGAACACACACUGGAGAAAAACCUUUUGUCUGUUCAUUGUGUGGCAAAAGCUUCUCUGCAAAGGCAAGUUUAACAAGUCACACAAGAACACACACUGGAGAGAAGCCUUUUGUCUGCUCAGUUUGUGGCGAACGCUUCUCUGAAAAGGAACGUUUAACAAAACACACAAGAACACACACCGGAGAGAAACCUUUUGCCUGCUCACUUUGUGGUCAAAGAUUCUCUCGUAAGGCACAUAUACAAAGACACAAAAGAACACACAGUGGAGAAAAACCUUUUGCUUGUCAUGUUUGUGGCAAAAGAUUCAGUCAGAAGGGAAACUUAAAAAUACACACAAGAACACACACUGGAGAGAAACCUUUUACCUGCCCAGUUUGUGGUGAAAGCUUCUCUGUAAAGUCAAGUUUAACAUCUCACACAAGAACGCACACUAAAGAGAAACCUUUUGUCUGCUCCGUUUGUGGUCAAAUAUUCUCCCAAAAACGACAAUUAGGAAAGCACAAAAACACACACAUUGGGAAAACCAUUCAGUCUCAGCGUGUGUGCUAAAAGUGUAAUGGUUUUGUUCGGAGACACAAGUGUGGUGGUGAGAAUAGCGAUGGUUGCGGCUUUGAAAAAAAAAAAAAAAACUCAAGAAACUGACUCUGGGAAUUUGCAAAUGAUUUUGGAUAAAAUAUGACAUUUACGACAAUGAUGUAAAAGAAGCUAACCCAAUGAUUUUAUUGGUGACAGAAGAACCAUUGUGUUGUGUACUUAACCUUUGUUAUUUCAAACAUGCAAAUCAAAUAAGAUUCAAAUUUUAAUAGUAGUGAGAAGAAGCUGUGCUUAUCAAAUCCCACCCCGUUUUCCACAAUUUUAAAUAAAAUCACUUGUUCCAAUCCCUCAACUGACUUUCAUUGCACUGUGAAAAAUUGGAAAGAACAAAAAUAAUUUAAUUAUAACAAGAACAAAAAAAAAGCACGUACUCCCGGUAUCUCUCAAGAGUCAUGUUUUUAUAGAGGGUUCCGGCGCAAGUAUCAGGGUCCGAAAUUAGCACAUGCCAGUCGCCAAAUGCGACUAAAUUAUCCGUUUGGCGAGUGAAUCUUAGAGCGGUUUGUACCCACGUACACAAAUAUACACGAGCAAUUCAUACUGUGGCGGCGUGUGUCCUGCAGUCAGUAAUAUUGGAGCAGGGCGUGUCCUGCUAGGAAAGUGCGUGGGAUUCCUAUAACGCUGAUCUCCGUUAUCAGC